AUGGUCUAUCUUGCAGCUCCUAUGUUUAGUCUCGGCGUUGCAAUUGCAGCAUGGGUGUCUGCAUCCUUCUGGGUCUUUGCCAUAAUCAUGGGCAACCCCGACGGCACAGAACGAAGGGAUGAUGGAAGAGCAACUGUUCUGGCUGCCAGUGUUGUGCUCUCAUCAGUAGAAGAUACGCUGAGAGAUCAGAAGACAAAUAUUACUCCUACCGCGUACUUUGCCGCCCUCCUUGCGAUCCUGCGACAAUGUUCAUCUGCUGCCCUAAUCGAGGGAAAUGCUGAGCUUGUGACCUCGACCGUUUACCUGCUCGACCUUGUUUCCUCCUACGUUCCCCCGCCCCUCUUACGAACACAGUUCUCCCAGAUACUGGCAUUGAUUGCCCCCUUCUUUGUGAGCAAUGAAACAGGAGCACCUCUACUCAGAUCCGCCCUGGGAUGUCUCGAAUCUCUGUUGGUGGCACAAGACUCCGCGGCUUGGAAUCUGCCCUCGAGUCAGACUGGGCCCAGAAAGGCCAUCCCAGUACUCCUGACGCUGGCUGUGGAUGGGCGACCAAAAAUACGGAAGAGAUCACUGGAAGCUCUGACAAAUGUUCUCAAGCACCCCCCUCAAGGUCCAGCCCUAGAUCACCCGGUGGCGGACCACUGCGCAAGCACUGCAUUGACGAGCCUCAAAGAAGCUGUCAAUACUGCAAGUCAACUCAGAAAGCAGAAGGAUCGUCAUGACAAUGGACAUGAUCCGUUUCUCAUACACGCACUGCAACUCACGAAGACGAUUGCUGCUGCGUCGGGAGGAUGGCCAAGCAAGAAAAUCGAGCCUCUGGUCGAAGCUCUAAUGACCAUCUCGAAAUCCACCAACGAUUAUAUUGUCAUGGGCGCUUUCGAAGUGUUUGAAGCCAUCUUUGAAGGAAUGCACGACGAAAUAUCGUCUUCGAAACUGCCAAGGUUGCUGGAUGCCAUUGCAGACUUAAAACCGGCGCAGAACGAUUCACAACUCCUGCCUCCAUGGAUUGCUGUGUUAUCCAGAGGAUAUCAGCUUGCGUCUGAGGUCAGUCCGGAGGACACAUUCAUCAAGCUGCCGGAUCUGGUAGAUAUGAUAUCGCCCUUCCUAUCUCAGCCCAGCCUUAAUAUUCGUGUUUCAGCAUCAGAAUGCUUGAUCUCGUUGUUUGCCAAUUGUAUCCCAAGGCGUACUCUUGUGGAGCCUUCAGUAUACGACGAGAAAGUCUUUGAGCAACUGGGAAGGAAGGCAAGUGACCUCCUGUCCAUAAAAUACCAAGCAGCAUGGAUGGAAAUAUUCCGAAUACUUUCUGCUUUCAUACAGGCGAUGCGGUGGCGUGGUACCCAUUAUCUUCUUUCGGUUGUCAAGGCCGUUGGCGAGCUACGUGGAAAUGACUCAUUUCAGGGCAAGAAGGAGGCCGACGAGGUUCUUGGUCACGCAAUACACAACAUGGGCCCCGACGUUAUACUCUCUGUACUUCCACAUAACCUCGAUCAAAACAACGACAGGCACCCAGGCCGAGCGUGGCUCCUUCCGCUGCUGAGAGAUCACGUUUCAAAUACGAGACUAGCUCACUUCAAAUCAGAUCUUAUGCACUUGAGCGAGCGGAUAUAUCAGCGAGUUAUCGACCACGGCCGCGCCGAGAAGACGGCGCGCAUCAAGAUUUACGAAACAGUGAUCCACCAGAUAUGGGCGACGCUUCCGGGUUAUUGUGAUCUGCCAAUCGACUUGCAGGCGGCUUUCGAUCAACCAUUUGCGGAAAUGCUGUCGAACUUGCUCUACAAGCAGAUAGAGCUACGUGUAGACUUGUGUCGCAGUCUGCAGAAUUUGGUCGAAUCCAACCAGGCAGUACUGGCAGCUGAACUCUCCGAGGAAGAUAUGCUCUACGAGCACAGGAUUACCAAGUCCGGGGCAGCGCAAAAUAUACAGCAUCUGGCAGGCCUAUCCAGUAACCUUCUGGCUGUCCUGUUCAACGUCUACAGCCAGACGAUUCCACAAAGUCGAGGCUAUAUUCUUGAAUGCAUCAAUGCAUAUCUUAGCAUCACGUCCGGGGAAGACCUCGUCGAGACAUUCAACCGCGUUUCUUCAGUUCUCACCACCUCACUACCCGAGGCCGGUCAUGCGCCUCCACCGAAGCAACAACAGCCAAAAGACAAAUUGCCACCAGCUUCUCACACCCUCCUCGACCUCACUAUCGCCCUAUCAACCUACCUACCUCGCUCAACGUUUCCCUCCCUCUUCUCGCUUGCAUCACGCAUCCUGAAUCACCCUACGGCCACGACCACCGAUCCUCAGCUUAUCAAAAAAGCCUAUAAACUCAUACCUCGACUCGCCACCUCCGAAGCUGGAGCAGCUGCUUUACGAGCUCGCAACUCCGAACUUCAGUCCCUCAUCCUCUCAACCAGCGACAAAACACCUGUACCUGCCCGCCGCGACCGCCUCCUCGCAAUACAUAGCUUAAUCAACUACCUCCCCACAGAAGACCUUCACUUCAUCCCCUCAAUUCUUAGCGAAAUAGUCCUCGCAUGCAAAGACACCAACCAGAGAGCACGUCAGGCAGGAUUCGAGCUGUUAAUACAUGUCACGAAUCGAAUCACCGAUUCAGAACGCAACCCUCCGGGCACAGUGAUCCGAAAUAAUUUGGUGCCGCACAUGCCAGACGAUGCGCCAGCUGCGCUCGCAACGUUGGAAGAGGUAUUCACGAUGGUGAGCGCUGGCCUAGCUGGCGUGGCGCCCCAUAUGGUUGCUGCCACUGUCGCGGCAUUAGCGAGGUUACUCUUUGAGUUCCACACAAAGCUUGCGAAGCCGGUGCUUGAGGAUCUGUUGGGCACGGUGGAGAUGUUCCUGCAGAGCAGCAACCGCGAAAUCGUGCGAUCUGUUCUCGGAUUUGUGAAAGUUGCAGUGGUGGUGCUUCCGGACGAGUUGUUGGGUGAGCAGAGGAUGAGUAGGUUGCUGAAGGGUUGUAUGGUAUGGAGCAAGGAGAAUAAGGGGAGGAUGCGGAUGAAGGUCAAGGGAAUACUGGAGCGAUGUCUAAGACGGUUCGGGCAAGAAAUUGUGGAUGGAUGGUUGGCAAGUGAUGAGGCGGGCAGGAAGAUGGUGGCGAAUCUCAGGAAGAGGAGGGACAGAGCUAAGAGGAAGAAGAGUGCCAACAGUAAAGUAGAGGAUGAGAGUGACGAGGGAGGGAGAGAAGCAGAGGCACGGAAGACAAAGAAGACGGAAUUUGACAAUGAAUUUGAUGAAGCUGUCUACGGCUCGGAUGAUGAUUCGGAUAUCAUCAUCGGUAGUGACGAUGGAGAGCAAGCUGCCGCUGAAGACAUGACCGGCGUCUCGUUCAAACACGGCUCUACUACCAAGGGCAAAGCUAUCGCCUCGGCACGGAAAGCACACCACAGAGACCGAUUCAUCCGCGAAGACGCCUCGGAUGACGAACCCCUCGACCUCCUUGCUCCGAACGCCCUGGCCCGCAUCUCGAGUCGGAAAUCCCACCCUUCCGGUCCGGGAGUCAAGCGCAAGACCAAGGCCAAAGUGAACGCGGAUGGCAAACUCGUGUUUGGUGGCGACCCUGACGCGGAUGGGGAUGGGGAUGGGGAUGUCUUGAUGGGUGAUGGUGCGGCUGAGUCGAUUGGGGCGGUGAAUGCGUACGUAGAUGCGGUGGAUGGACCGGAUGCGGUGAGGAGGGGGCAGAAGGGGAAAUUGAAGGUGGGCAGUGCGAAUCGGAAGAAGGUUAAAGCAUCAAGUGGUGGUGAAGGAGGAGGAGGAGGAGGAGGAGGAGGAGGAGAGGAGAUGGAGUUGGAUGAGAACGAGGCGAGGGAGGUGGGUAGGGGGAUUAGAAGUCCGAGGGGGUUCGGGAAGGGCAGGUUGCCGUUGAGGAGGGGGCUGGGUGUUGAGAAGGUGAGGCAGAGUGGUAGUAGUGGUGGUGGUGGUGGUGCAACGAGGGCCGGGAGAGUGCAGAAAAGAGGCUUGGAAGGUGCUGGUCGAGGUGGAAGUAGAGGCGCAGGCGGAGGCAGAGGCCGGAAUAAUGUCAGGUUUAGAGGUGGGAGGAGAUGA